ACGGAUCCACUCAGACAGGAGGCAGGUUGAAUAUUGGGAACCACCGGCUAGGAUAGACGAUGAUGAGGCGGUGAAGUACUGCUAAUGAAAGUGUAAUUCGCGUGUAUCCUAUCAGAUUUAUAAAUAUUUUACGACAUAUUUUGCAAAAAUGACGACCACCACGACAUACCAAGGGAUGGAACCCGGGUCUAAAAGCAGUUCCAGGGUUUUGCGCCCUCCUGGUGGCGGCUCCAACAUUUCAUUUGGUUCAGAUGAGGAGAAGCCUCCCGUCCGGAAAAACAAGAUGGCCUCCAGUGUUUUCGCUGAGCCAGAGGACCCCUAUGCUAAUCGAAGGAACAACCCGCCAGGUGGGAAGCCCACAGGUGUGCUGUGUGGUGAGCCGUCAGCCCCCCUGAGGAGAGGAGGGAACCCCACCACCAACAACACUGCAGACGCCCCCGCCACAGAUGGAGAAAAUUAUGUGCGUGAUAAUGAAAACAGCGCUCCUGAGCCUGAAGCAGUUCCAGGGCCGCAAGAGGAGGCCCCUCCAGCUGAGGAGUCCGCUGCAGGACUACCGUCUGGCCGCAGGAAUCCCCCUGGGGGCAAGUCCAGCCUCAUCCUGGGUUGAAUCCCAGCCAACUACCCCUCCUUACAUCCACUCAUCUCCGAACUCAUCUUAUUUAUUUAUUUUCAAACAAGGAACCCCACCACAUUUGUCUGUACCGCAGGAAUCCUAUCUGAUGUCCCACAGACACCAGUCUUCUCCACAUCCCCAAGUGCAUUGUUUUGAUACCUCUUUUUUGAAAACUGUUUUGUACUGUUUUUAUUGUUUUGUUUGUUUUGACAGAAGCACUUUAUGUAUUUCUAAUUACAUGGUUCAAAGUCUGCAUAUGUCCCUGUAAUGCAUUAGCCCUGCCAGGAAGGGUACAAGGAUCACAUUUCUCAUAUCAACUAAUGGUAAAUCUCCCCUAACUUUAUUGUGACAGCACAAGCUGUAAGUGAUUAUACGCAAGCAGUUUCUAGAACAAGAGCAAAGAAAAAAGCUGUCACUUUUGCACUGUGUUCAGUUUUGACCCAUCUUGCAUGCACGUCUGGUCUGUAACGUAUGAAUGUGAGAAGAAACAUAACUGUGAACAUUUUUAUUUUAUUUUAACCUGUUUGUUAGUUAUUUUUUGUGGAAUAAUUGUUGUAUUGUUGCAUGAAGUUGGAAUCUUUCUAAACAAUCCUCAUAGAAGCCACAUAAAUUACUGUCAUUGUGAUCUGAAGGAUUGAAAACAUUUGUCUUCAGAUGAGUACUGUAGGUCCCAUGUCAUGUAACAGAAUUGGAAUAAGCCUUUUUUAUAUUGUAGUCACUAACCUUAGAUUAUUGUAACCCCAGUGCCGGUUUUGAGUGCCCUGUGUUUUUAUAGGUAAGAUUUACUCAAAAGUGUGCCUGUUUGUGUGUUAGGCUACAACAUCAAACAAGGUUGGGUUUCCCUAAUUGCAUCUUACCAGUAUCACUAAGACCUAGUUUUUCCAUUACAAGUCAAUGGAAUGUAGUUGGUCCUGACACUUGAGUGUUUCUGGUAAACCCAUCCUAGAUUUGACAAGUGACCUUAUGACUGCUCAGCCUUUUUUCUGUUUUACCCCCUUAUCCAUCUGUUAAUGAUCAUGCUCACUGGAAAUAUAGAACAGUCUUUUCAUACAUUUCAUGUCACAUAAUUUAAACCAAAUUCAAACUCCUUCCUGCUUCUGUCUGUCACACGUGUGGCUGCUGUGUCAGCCGGCUGUCAUGCAAGAAAACCUACAUUUCAGGUAUGUGAAAUGUAACUCCUGUGGUGUCUAUUUUUAACGUGCGUAAUGAUGCAAGACUGUCUGUUUGCAUCCUAUACCAAUUCCUGUUGCUGGAUGUAAGUCACUGCAGAAAUUUGAAGUCAAGAAAUGGCACAAGUGGAAAUAAACCAUUAAAAAUCAA